GUGAAAAUCAUCAGAAUAUGGUGAUUUUGAGUAUUUCUGCCACCACUGCACAUAGUCUGCAGAGGAGCAGAAUUAAUCACGUGAUCUCCUAAAGAAGUUGAUAACAUCCCGAACCCUUCCUGGACUUCAGACUCAGCAAUCCAUAGUUUGUUCCUCGGUAAAACUUCGCGGGCAUUAGCACGGAGUGAGCGCUCUUUAAUUUCCUCCUCGCUUUGGACCUCUGACGAUCUCAUUUCUAUGCCUCUCACUCAGUCCAUAAAACAGAACCGCCUCCAUGGCAGUUCCCAUGACAACGGAGAAACGAUCCCGGCACGUUCCCUGUUGUCUCGCCUGCGUUUCCCGGGAAACUGCUACACAAAUCCAAGAAAAACAUCCGGAAAAGACCCUUGGUCGUCCUUCUGACCGUCCGAAAGUGGAAUAACUGCAGGACUUGUUCACUCACCAGGACUCCUGGACGAUAUAUUCACAGAAAAAACAUGAUGACUUCUUCCCUUCCUGUCUUAGAUAGCAGCGACCCCCGUCUAAAACUGACGGUGCAAAACAGAAUAAGAAACAUUUUUGUAACACAGUCGGAAGACACCAGGCAUAGAAAGGAGGAAGAUGUCAACCACAUACCUGUUGUAACAGAGACUUCCAGCAGAGUCCUCGAGACAGGAGUGAACACUUUGCAAAAGACCCUGGUUCUGAAGAAACAGGCUGAGUUGGACGAGGUGAACAAGCAACUCACACUCAAACGGCAAGAGUUUAAGAGCUGUGUGGAGGCACUAGCUCAGAGGAGGUCUGAACUGGAGAUAAAACAACAGCAGACUAAAGAAAGAGCGAUAAAAUUUGAGAAGUUUGUGGCUGAAAAUGAAGUGAAGCGACGUCGGGCACUGAAGAAGUAUGAGGCUGCGCGGGAGCAGAACGUUUUGAAGCAGAGAGAGAUAGAAGAUCUGACAGAACAGCUGAAACAACUUAGAGCAAGGCAGCAAGUUUUAAAGGAGAGAAUGGCAAAAUACAAAAUCUAUGAAGACUAUUUGAUGAAAACACUAGAUUAUCUCCCCACCACUUACCUUGAUAAUGGGUCCGACUCUUUGGUUAUGCCCAUCAUUCGACGCCAUGAGACCCUGUCCAUCACCCACCAGGAUCUGCUGCAGCGCUUGGAGCGUCUGGAGGAGGAGGUGGAGCAGGGCCAGCGACAACUGCAGACCAUGAAGCAGCAGCACAGCAUAAAAAAACUGAUGGCCAAUAAGGAUCUGUCUGAACUCCAGAGUGAGUUGGAAACCCUGAAAGAGAAGAACAAGCAGGCAGAGGUCAACCUGCUGAUGCAACAAAGCCUGUCCAGAGAGAAGGUUGAAGAAGUAGGAGUCUUGCUUAUGGCCAUCAACAACCUCGCAGAGCAGUGUUAUCUAGCAGCAUAUGGACCUCUGGAAAACAUGGACAUAUUGACAAUGAUGGAAAUGGUAAAGGAGUACAUUUUGGACAAGGCAGACACGGAGAAGAGAGCGAGGAGACUGAUGGAGUCGGGGUCUGCAAUGACUAGUAGAACAGUUCUGACAGACAGAAGAGAGAGGGGAUCGAUGAAAAGCAUUGGCAGUAAAACACAAAUCAAAAGUUCGAGUAAAGUCAGUAGGAAGAGCGGGACGACGAGUUGAUGUAGAACUUUUACAACUUAUCACCGUGUUUUCAUGCUAAGUGUGAGCGUGAAUGUUCAUUUUUUACCUUGGAGACAGUAGUUUGACUCUGGAAAAGCUAGUAAAUUAACUUUGUGUUAAGUCAUUUUGUUAAGAUUAAGAGUUGUUUAGACUCUUUGAUGCAGUUUCAGUGUUCAUAACUCUUAAUGCAAAAUGCUAUGCACCAAAUUUUGCACUUAAACAUUUAUAUAGAUUUUGUAAGUAAUAUAAUGUGCAAAGUGUAUUUGAGCAUCAGAACUUUGCAAAUGUGUAUCUCUGGAAUGUAAUCAUUGUUGCAUUUUAAAAUAAAAUGGUCACAGUCAAAUGAUGCCGACAGGAGGUAAUACCCAUCAACAAGG